UUCUCUCGGUCAUCGUUUUCAUUUCUACAAUAAUUUUGUAAAAAAAAAUAUUUUUUUGUUGUUAUUUUCAUGAAGAGAAAUAUUCAAAGUAUACUGUAAACAAUCUUUCUUAUUUCUAUGUAAUUGUAUUUGGUGAGAAGCGGUGGCAGCAUACCACAUCUUGCAUGGAUACCUAAAUGGCUUUUUAUAAACUGUAAAAAAUGUCGUUUUUGGAGUGGCGUCGUUUUUCCUUUUUUGAUGUGCUGAACAAUAUUGACAAUGGCAAGAUAGCUGAAUGCUUACAAGAUACCAAUGUGACAGUAUCAACAAGUGGCCACAAUCACGUCAUAUUAUGUGACCUGACGGGCUGGGCUCAUCGCAUUUCAAGAUCAUGGGAGAUCACAUCAUUCAAAGCAUACGAACUGACCAUAACAUUGGCUCAACAGUUACCCCAUGAUCCCUAUUUGGUUACAAUUGGGGAUGACGAAGCCGGUACUAACCCAUUAAUAAAGGUGUGGGAUUGGUCUCGUGUGGACAAGCAUGGCAACCCCAAGUGUGUGCGGACAUCUCGGGCUGUACCUUCCCACAUGUACCCUACAGCCGCUACUGCACUUGCUGUACAUGAUAAUAAGAAUCUACUAGCUGUGGGCUUUCAAGAUGGUUCAGUGUCCCUUUACCGAGGCGACAUAACGCGACAGAAGGGCAGUAAGAUGAAAUCACUGCCGGGCACAGGAAACAGUCCCAUCACAAGACUAGCUUUCAAAGGUGCAGACAAACUGUUUAUAGUGUCACGUGCGAGCGUGUCAGUGUGCACGCUCGGUGUGGACACGGUGAGCGUGCUGGACGCCAUGGGUGCGGCGCCCGGCUGCAGCGUGCUCGCCGACACGCGCCGCCUGACUGUAGCCGCCGCUGAUGCUAUAUACUGCUAUACUAGCGAAGGUAGAGGACCUUGCUAUGCUUUAAAAGGCGAGAAGGUGAAACUCAACUGGUUUAGGAGCUAUCUAGUCAUAACAACCAACGAGGCUUCGAACGAACCAUCCGGUUCGGGAAACGUGCCAAAAGCGCACCAUCUAACCAUACUAGACAUACAGAACAAAUUCAUCGUGUUUUCCAAGACUUUCGAUGAAAUAGACGCAGUUUUGACCGAAUGGGGCUCGUUCUAUAUCAUCACGAAGAAAAAAGAAAUGAUCUAUCUCGAUGAAAAGGAUCUACAGUCGAAAUUGUUUCAACUGUUUAAGAAGAAUCUGUAUGAUGUGGCUAUCAGGAUAGCGAGCAGUCAGCAUUACGAUGCAGAGGGUUUGACGGAGAUAUACAAACAGUAUGGAGACCAUUUGUAUGGAAAGGGAGACUUCAAAGGUGCAAUAGACCAGUAUGUCAAGACAAUAGGUUGGCUAGAAACCUCCUAUGUCAUACGGAAAUAUCUAGAAUCCAGACAUUUAGAGCCUCUAGUACAAUACUUAGAAGAACUACAUAAGAAGGGCUACGCUACGGAGGACCAUACUACGCUGCUAUUGACAUGCUAUGUGAAGAUAGACCAGCAUGACCAGGAGGGAAAGCUAAAAGAAUUCAUCAAUUCGAAGGAUAAAGCCAUUGAUUUUGAUGUGGAUGUUGCUAUUAAGGUGGUACGUCAAGUGAGUAUAGAAGACGCGUUAUCCUUGGCACAAAACCACAAACGCCACGACUGGUACCUCAAGAUGAUGAUAGAGGACAAAAAAGAAUAUACUCAAGCGUUAGACUACAUCGCGGAGCUAGAGUUUGAGGAUGCUGAGAUAUACAUAAAGAAGUAUGGACAUAAGUUGAUACAGCAUGCACCCAAUGAGAGCACUAAGUUGUUGAAGAAUCUCUGCACGGACUACAAGCCACGUAGUAAACCUCUGAUCGACGAGUCGUCUCUAUCAGGCGGCUACCGGGAACCGGACCGCGCCUCGCCCGACGACUUCAUACACAUGUUCCUCACGGAUUCCACCUGCCUCAUACACUUCCUGGAGCACGUGACCGCUGACAGACGCUGCUCCAAGCUCGUGUACAACACGCUCAUCGAGCACUACAUACAUGUGUGGUCGAAGUCAUCAGACGACGACAAGAUCAAGUUCGAAGACAAGGUGAUGGCAUUGCUCAAGGACCCUGAGGCCAACUACGACAAGGACCAGACGCUCAUCAUCUGCCAGAUGCUGGGCUUCAAGACCGGGAUACUGCACAUAUACGAGGAACGGAAGUUAUGGCGCGGGCAGGCGGCGCUGUAUUUGCGCGGGGGGCGGGCGGAGCGCGCGCUGGAGCUGUGUCGGCGGCGCGGCGCGUCCUGCCCGCGUCUGUGGCUCGACGUGCUGUGGGCGCCGCCGCCCGCCGCGCUGCUGCCGCCGCUGCUGCGCGCCGCGGCGGAAGAAAAUCUUCUGUCGCCGAUCGAAGUAGUUGAAUGUCUGGCCAGCACGACGUUAUACACACUGGGAGAUGUUAGAAAUUACCUAAUGGCGGUGCUGAAAGCUGAGGACGAAGUGAUAACGAACGAGCAGACGUUCGCGGCGAAAUACCAGGCGGAAAUCGAGCAGAUGAAGGAGGACACGCGCCGCAUCCAGCAGGAGCCCCUCACCUUCCAGAGCUCGCGCUGCGCCGCCUGCAAGCGCCCGCUCGAGCUGCCCACCGUGCACUUCCUGUGCCGCCACUCCUUCCACCAGCACUGUUUCCAAACGUACUCUGAACUGGAAACGGAGUGUCCGGCGUGCGAGGAGGGCGGAGGGGGCGGGGCGGGUAGGAGCGUGCGUCGCGCGCCGCCGCCGCCCGCUGACCAAUUGCACGCGAGACUGGAGGCUGAUAACGACCCGUUCACAGUGGUAUCAGAAUACUUAGGCCGUGGACUAUUCAACAAGGUAGUCGUAACGGAGCCCGAGGCUUCGCCCCCCGUCAGCGCAGCCCCCGAACUCCCGCGGGCCGCAGCCCCAGCGCCGGCGCCGCUCAACUAUGGGCCCGGGGCGGAGGCUAAGUUGCGGUUGCAGGAGGGACAGAGUAAACAGAUGUUCAUGUCGAAUACGGCGAAGCAGGUACCACCCAAGGGUACCACCGUCAUCCCGGUACCAGAAGGUCGGAUGAGGGUCCUGGAGCAGCAGCAAUACAGCUCCAGCCUCGAAGCUAACCUCAAAACCCUGGAACCGGCCAAGUCCGAGUCGCCCAUGGUCCACAGAAAGUUUGAGGAGAAGCAGAAGAUAUCAGCAGUCAUCGCAAACGACAGUAAGAAUCCCUUUGAUGAGAAUUACGAUGAGUCCAAAAACCCAUUCGCUGAUGAGGACGAUGACUCAAAAAACCCAUUCGCCGAAGACGAUUACGAUAAGAAUUUGAAUCCGUUCUCGUGAAAUUAGUGGGUAGGGACGUAGGGUUCACCUAACUAGGGAGCGGAGCCCUUAGCCAAGAUUUCCUCUUUAUAGAAUCGCCGAAAAAAAUGUAUGGAAUUGUAUAGUGUUACUAUAUGCAUAGUGUUCAAUAAUACUAAGAGUCUAUACAGACGAACUGCAAUCCAACCGCAAACUGCAUUUCAAGUGCAGUUUGAAUG